AUGCAUCAAGAUCAGCGGAGCAACCAUCUUGGAGGCAGCAGCGCCCGCAGUGCCCAGGGCCAUUGCUUGGAGCACGCCCUCCUCCCAGGCCCCGAGUUCAUCUCACACUCGGUGUCCGGCUUCCUGUCCUCGGCCCUCUCCCGCCCAGAUUCCCUGGCCCCUCCCUCUCCCAGCUGGACCGCCCGCCCUCCCCGAUCCCUCGGGUCCCGGGAUGGGGGGGCGGUGGUCGGCCUGGGGAGCCGGGCGGCGCCGUCGGCCCAGCAGGAGCCUUCCCAGGGAGAGUUGGUGGCAGAGGAGGACCAGGACCCCCGGGAGCUGCAUCCCCAGGCAGAGGAAAGCCAGGGUCCCGCGCCUUUCCUGAACCGACUAGCUCGGCCUCGGCCUCGCAGAAAUGCAGCUAAAGGCCGGAAAACCCGGGCUCGCAGAGCAAUUGCCGCCCACUACGAAGUUCACCCACAGCCGGGGCGGGACCGAGCGCAGGCGGGUGUGGACGGGACGGUGAGUGGCUGGGAGGAGGCCAAAAUCAACAGCUCCAACCCGCUGCGCUAUGACCGCCAGCGCGGGGAAUUCACAGUCACUCGGGCUGGGCUCUACUACCUGUACUGUCAGGUGCACUUUGAUGAGGGGAAGGCUGUCUACCUGAAGCUGGACUUGCUGGUGGAUGAGGCCCUGGCCCUGCGCUGUCUGGAGGAGUUCUCCGCCACGGCGGCCAGCUCCCUCGGGCCCCAGCUGCGCCUCUGCCAGGUGUCCGGGCUGUUGCCCCUGCAGCCAGGGUCCUCCCUGCGGAUCCGCACCCUCCCCAGGGCCCAUCUCAAGGCUGCCCCCUUCCUCACCUACUUCGGACUCUUCCAAAUUCACUGA